CAGGUACACCAAGAUGAAGACAGCCACCAAUAUCUACAUCUUCAACCUGGCCCUGGCAGACGCUCUGGCCACCAGCACGCUGCCCUUCCAGAGCGCCAAGUACCUGAUGGACACCUGGCCCUUUGGAGAGCUGCUCUGCAAAGUCGUGCUCUCCAUUGACUACUACAACAUGUUCACGAGCAUCUUCACCCUCACCAUGAUGAGCGUGGACCGUUACGUCGCCGUGUGCCACCCAGUCAAGGCCUUGGACUUCCGCACACCAGCCAAGGCCAAGAUCAUCAAUGUCUGCAUCUGGGUGCUCUCCUCCCUCAUCGGGGUGCCCAUCAUGGCCAUGGCAGUCACCAAGUCAAAAGACGGAAUCGUGCUGUGCACGCUCCAGUUUCCUGACCCUCCCAUCUACUGGGACACCGUGACCAAGAUCUGCGUCUUCAUCUUUGCCUUCAUGGUCCCCAUCUUGGUCAUCACCAUCUGCUACGGGCUGAUGAUCCUGCGCCUCAAGAGCGUCCGCCUCCUUUCGGGCUCCAAGGAGAAGGACCGCAACCUGCGGCGCAUCACGCGCAUGGUGCUGGUGGUGGUGGCAGCCUUCAUCAUAAACUUCGUCAUCGUCUGGACGCUGGUGGACAUCGAUAAGAAGAAUCCCUACGUGGUGGCCAGCCUGCAUUUCUGCAUUGCCCUGGGUUACACCAACAGCAGCCUCAACCCCGUCCUUUAUGCUUUCCUGGAUGAGAACUUCAAGCGGUGUUUCCGGGAGUUCUGCCUGCCUUUCCGAGCCCGGAUGGACCAGAACAGCUUCUCCCGGGCCAGGAACACCACCCGGGAGCGCGUCUCCACCUGCACCCCUUCCGAAGCCCGCAACAAGCCGGCAUGACUAGACGUGGGCAGCCUCCAGCGGGGCUGCC